AUGAGGCCUCUUGCGAUUUUACUAGUUUUUGUGUUUCUGGCUCUUGGAGAUGCGCUAACGCUCUCCAAUGAGGCCCAAUCCACUCGUUGGUUCGGGAAAGACAAAGGAAAGAACCAAAGGAAGAGUAAUAGCAACAAGUAUAGUAAAAAACAGAAGAAACAGCACGAAAAGAAGAAGCAUGAUCAUCAUAACUACCAUGAACACGAACAUCACGGAGAUCACAAGCAUGAAGAGAGCGCACAUACGAAACAUUUGCGACAGAUCAUCUAUGAUGAUCAGGACCACGAAGAUCACAGACAAUACCACAGCCAUGGCCAUGAAUAUCUUCAUGAUAAGCUCAUGAGAGAUCUCAGAGAGGUCGUAGAUAGAGAUCUUGACUGA